GUGGAUCAGCAAAUGCCAUGAAGUGCUUGCUGGUAUUGUUGUGCGGAGCUAUUGCCGUAUCCGCGGUGCAACUACCCCCUACUGUCCCCGUGGACUUUAACUUGGAAGACAAGGUGCUGUCCGACAUUGCCGACGAUGUCGCUAACCGUCUAGAGCAGGAAUACUACACAUUUUUGAAAACAGGAGUCGAGACUCCGGCGUUUAAGCAACUCACCACCCAGCUGGCAAAUGCGCAUACCAAAAAGGACAUUUUCACUAAGGAUCUGACGGAAUUGGAGACGCGUGAUAGCUUUGUGGUUUGCACUCUAUGUCGCUCCAUUAUGAGAGUUUUUAUGCGCACCAUUCGGGAUGAGGAUGGAGAGCUACAUGGCGAGAACAGUGGUGCAAUAAUGAAGAAAAUUGCAAUGGAUGUGUGUCGACGAUUGAAUCUGCAGACGGAGGAGGUAUGCGAGGGUCUGAUCGACGCAGAGCUUCCAACUGUGGAUUAUAUAAUGCGCAACUCGGAAAUGGAUUCUCAGAGCUUUUGUUCGCUCUUCCUGACUUUUAAUUUCUGCAACACGGGUUCCAAUCCCGACUACAACUGGUCCCUAAAAAUCGACGACAAGGUCGAAGCUCCAACCAGUUCUAAGGGGGAUACACCGCGUCAGAGUGAGAGUGAUAUCAAGAUAUGCCAGUUCUCGGACAUCCAUCACGAUCCGCUGUACGAGCCAGGCAGCCUUGCCACCUGUGAUGAGCCCAUGUGCUGCCAACGCCAGAAAAGCAGCACGGAAGGUACACCUAAUGCAGCGGGCUACUGGGGCGACUAUAGAGAUUGCGAUUUACCCUGGCACACACUUGAGUCGGCGCUGAAUCAUGCAGUUAAAACGGAGAAAUGCACCUAUAUCUAUCAGACGGGUGAUGUGGUUGAUCACAUGGUCUGGGCCACGUCUAUAGAGAAAAAUACGGGGGUGCUGAGUAAGGUUAGCGGUCAGAUUGAUAAGGUGUUCAAUGUGCCCGUCUAUCCGUGCAUUGGCAAUCAUGAACCACAUCCACUCAAUCUGUUCAGCCCCGAAGGAGUGCCUAAUGAAGUAAGCACCAAGUGGCUGUAUGAGCACUUGUACGAAGACUGGUCUAAGUGGCUGCCCAAGGAGACCAAGGAGACUAUACUGAAGGGUGGUUACUAUACAGUGUCCCCUCAGAAGGGUUUCCGCAUUAUUGCCCUAAACGGCAAUGAUUGCUAUACGGAUAACUACUGGCUGUAUUACAGUGGGACCGAUAAAAUUCCACAAUUGGAGUGGUUCCACGAUACGCUCCUCGCCGCCGAGAAAAAUGGUGAGCAUGUCCAUGUGCUCAACCACAUUCCUUCGGGUCAUGGCACCUGCUGGGCGGUGUGGGCUCGAGAGUACAAUCGAUGCAUUACCCGUUUCCAUAAGACAAUUUCCGGCAUCUUUAACGGACACUCGCACAAGGAUGAGCUGGUGGUACAUUAUUCCGACGAGGGUCAUGCGGCUUCAGUUGCUUGGAAUGGCGGUGCCCUGACCACCUUCAGCUUCAAGAACCCAAAUUACAGGGUAUAUGAUGUUAAUUCCGAGACCUUCGACGUGACCAACCAUCGCACCUACAUCUUCCACUUGAACGAGGCUAACAAUAAACCCACGGAAGAGCCCAAUUGGUUCCUGGAGUACGAGUUCACCAAGGAGUUCACCGAGGACUUGAGUCCCGCGGGCAUUGACAAAUUGUUGGAUAAGUUCGCAGAAAAUCCAGAUCUAAUGCGCAAGUACUGGCGCUAUAAGGUCACCACUGCGGACCCACAGGUUACUGGUGGUUGUGAUCGCAAUUGUCUGGCCGGUUCUCUCUGCGCCGCAGCUGUUUCAGUGAAUAAUAAGCGGGAGCGUUGCGAGGAGCUUAGGCAGAAACUCUUUGUAGCCUUGGACAACGAGGAGGACGACGACGAUUCUGCUGCUGCGCUUAGCAUUUUGAGCUUCACUUCGCUGCUGGCAGUGGUAUUCACCAUGAGAAUUGGCUUCUAAAGACUUGUUUAAUCUGUAAACUAAUAAUAAUAAGUUAUAUAAUCGCACAUUUCAUUUUUGUUCUUUGAUAUCAUGAUCACGAUUAAUUGCAAAAUCGAAAAUAUACUUACAAUUUGUCGAUUUGUUUAA